AUGUCCGAAGCAGACUACAUCCUCUACUCCUACUUCCGCUCCUCCUGCUCAGCCCGCCUCCGCAUCGCCCUGAACCUCAAAUCCAUCUCCUACACCACAAUCCCAACCAACCUCCUCAAAGACGAACACCUCUCCGACACCCACCGCGCCCUCAACCCCUCCGCCAGCGUGCCCCUCCUCGUCAACAGGUCUGACGCAGACUUCAAAGUGACUCAAUCCGUCGCGGCCCUCGAGUACCUCGAAGAAGCCCACCCCUCGACCACGCCCCUCCUCCCCAAGGACGCAAAGACGCGCGCCGUGGUCCGGAGCCUGGUCAACAUUGUCGCCUGCGACAUCCAGCCCGUGACGAAUAUGCGGAUCAUGAGGCGGAUCAGGGCCAUGGGCGGAAAUGCGGAACAGUGGAACCGCGAGUUGAUGGCGGAUGGGUUUGCGGCGUAUGAAGCUGUUGCGAAGGAGUGGGCGGGGAGGUGCUCUGUUGGUGAUGAGAUUUCGUUGGCGGAUGUGUGUUUGUUGCCUGCGUAUUGGAAUGCCGAGAGGUUUGGGGUUGAUUUGAGCCCGUAUCCGACUGUGAGGAAGAUUGCGGAGGGGUUGAAGGAGAAUCCGGCUGUUGUGAAGGCGCAUUACUUUAACCAGCCUGAUACUCCUGAUGAAUUGAGGGCGAAAUAA